CAAAAAGAAGACAAAAGGGCUUUCCAUGUGAUUUUUUUAACCAAACCGUGACCGCACAGUCUAUUCCCGGACGUUUUGUCGUAAAAGAGACGCAAAUCGUGCUUUGAAAACUUAUUUAGUCAUUAACCAUAAGAGCUGUUUGGAGACAAGACCGAACAGGUUACUAGAGGGUGCUGAGGCUCUACAAGAAGGACUCCGGCCAUAGAAAAAAAAGCAUUUUUGGCCCCACAUAAAGGAGGAGGAGGCGCUUCUUGCCUUGAAGCUGAGACGUUUUUAGAUGGAUUCUUUAUGUCUGCUUCAGCACCGGAGCAGACGGUCUGCUCUGAACAUUUGCAAGCCGUGACAGCACGUUACAAAACAUGACGCAUCGUAGCGUAUGGAUUGCCAAAAACAUGAGCUGCUGCACCCAGCGCGGAAGAAGGAGAAGAAGAAGAAGCGGCUUCCCUGUCCUCUGCGGUGCGGAGCAGGACGCGCGCAGGACAGCUGGUGGGACCAGAUGGAGGAUUCGGAGGGCGGAUACUUCUGCAAAGGGCAAGGUGCUGCUGUGGGUGCUCAUUGCUUUGCUGCCUCUGGUGGAAGGAGCUCAUAUGAAAGGUGGUGCUGGUGUGGGAUCAGACUCAGGCCACACUGUGGGCCUGCUGGGAAACCAGGAGGAGAGACAGCUUCCUGUGACGCUGCCUGAAAUGGUGGAGGAUAAGGAACAGAAAGAAGACAGUGACCCUUACUCUACUUGGCACCCUCUUUAUGACCCUUUUGUAAUGGAUGAGUUGGAUGACCAUCCCAGCAGUCGCUGGGUAGGACGAUCACCACGCUCCUCUGAUCCCACAGAACCUCAGCCCAAGGGAUCAUCGAAGAAAAAGAAGAAGAAGAAAGAAAAGGAAGAAGAGACAGAAACAAGGAACAGAAAGGGUAAGGGGAGAAACGGACACCCGAAGCAGAGCAGCAGGCACUGCCGUGUGGAGAAGAAGGAGAUGAGGGUUCGGGAUCUAGGACUGGGAUUUGAUUCGGAUGAAAUCGUCCUUUUUAAGUUCUGUGUAGGCUCCUGCCAGGCCGAAAGAACAAACUAUGACCUAGCACUGAAAGCACUGCUGGAGAAUGGCUCGCUGCCUCGACGCACCGCCCGCAAGGUCAGCAGCCACCCCUGCUGCCGCCCCGACCGCUACGAGCCAGUAUCGUUCAUGGAUGCCAAGACCACGUGGAGAACCAUCCAAUCGCUCUCUGCCGCCAGCUGCAUGUGCAUGGGCUGAAUGAUGAGUACAAACAGAUAAGUGCCCAGGAUGGAUAAAGCUGAAGAGCCUCUGGCUGGAUAGUGUGUGUGUCUGUGUGUGUGUGAGGCCCCGUGUUUAGGAUUUGGCCAUAUGGGGGCACUGUCUCACACAGAAACAGAAAAGAAGAAGAAAAAGAGGCCACUUGUUUGCCUCCCUGAUACAUUUCCUGCUGAGAAGGAAGUGGGCUGGCCGCAGCUGGACAUUAAGGGCCAAGGUCAAAAUCAAGAGACUGAGGGGGAGGUCAUUAGGGAAGCCCAGUCUGGAUACUGUUCCCUCAUUAAAGGGUGAAUUCUUUUUAACUGAAUAACCGGUAAUUAAUGCAGGAUACUAAAGCCUGGUUAUUAUACACAGAGACCUUCUUCAUGUGUUUGAUUUCA